AUGGGCUCGUGUCGAAAAACUAUUCCCGCGAUGUCCGCACCAUUCGUAAUCGUAUUCUUACUUUCCAAUUUCUACGCGCUUGGGCGUUCCGAUGCGAAUUUGAUUGGACAAGGUCUGCGCAACCACAGCGAAAUUCACGAAGCGAAAAACCUAAUCGAUGCGCUAUCGUUUAAACUUCAUUUGAACCUUCGGAAAUCUCAAAGCAAAUACGAAAGGCUGACGCUGCAAUCUAAUCAGUAUUUGGUGCAAAGUGGUUCGGCUCGAGACGAGAUUAAAAUGCUGGACAAGUUGAAGGAACUUCUCAAUGAUCUUACGAAAAAGAACUCCGUUUGCGAAAAGUUUUACACAAAUUUUGAUUUCACCGCUGCUCGUGAAAUAGUGAUAAAUUCCAGCGCGUCAUUACAGAAAGAUCAUACUGUUAUAUUACAAG